AUGACAAAAUACUUUCCCCAAUCACCUAGGGAUUGGAGAGAAGCAGAGUUCCUACAGCUGAAACAAGGAAAUAUGUCGCUUGAUGAGUAUGAAAGGAAAUUUGAACAACUUUCUAGGUAUGCUACACACCUUGUUGAUAUCGAGCCAAAGAAGGAAGGCCAUUUUGCUCCGGACUGCAAGGCAUACCCACCUAAGGAGGAUAACGAACAAGGCAAGAAAGUGAAAGUCGAAGUUUUUGCUUUCACCCAGGAAGAGGUAGCAGAGGAUCCGAAUGUAAUGACAGACUCCGGAGCUACUCAUUCAUUUAUCUUCACCGCAUUUAUUGUUAAAUCAUUUUAUAAUUUCCAGGUAUCAAGAUCUAUUGGCGAUGUCUAUCUGAAAAAACCCGACUUCAACAGAGACCCCCUUUUCUUACAAUUCGGAAAUCCUGUUCCUUUGAAGAGACCACUAUUAACAGCUGAACCCUCAAUUGUAACUCGGAAGCUCAGGCCACAAGAUUUGUUCUUAAUCUUUGCCUCAGAUGGCCUCUGGGAACAUCUCAGUGAUGAAGCUGCUGUGGAUAUUGUAUAUAAAUACCCAAGAGCUGGUAUAGCCAAGAUAUUAGUCAGAGCUGCCAUUCACGAGGCAGCAAAGAAGAGGGAGGUGAGAUACAAGGACAUUAGAAAGAUCGAAAAGGAAGGUAGGCACCAUUUCCAUGAUGAUAUUACUGUGAUUGUGAUCUAUCUUGACCAUGAUCAUCGUAAAAGCCCUAAACACGAGCAAGGGUCUGUUGGCAUCACCAGCGCUCCUGUUGACAUCUUCUCGUAUAAUUCAGAUGAAAUCGAGGAAAAUCCAGUUGACAAGAUUUUCCCCAAUGAGGAGUCUCGACAUAUAUUGGCGGUAUCCUAAAUAGAAUGUGGAAACUUGAAAAUCGGUAAUCCUGUAUACAGGUUUCCGCGUAAAUAAAAUUAUAGUUGCUGUUUGAUGCUGCGAUGAAAAGGCAAGGUUUUUCAUGUAGGUUUUUACAGAAAAUAAACAAUUUUUUUGUUCUUUGCAUGUUAGUUUUUAUUGGAGUUGAGUUAGCAGAUUGCAUUUGUACUGAUAUGUAUUUUUUAAGUUAAGUUUUGCACUCGUUUAUGCUUAAGAUCAUAGACCAGCCAUAGCAUUUGCAGAGCAUGUUUCUUUCUUC